CUGGCGAAGAAACGAGAAUAAAACAAUAAUGUCCGUGAACCAACAAGAUUCCGCAUAUCCGGAAAAUGUAUUUUCCGUAAGCGACAUUAUCCAAAAAUUAUCUGGAAUAUGGAUUCCGGGAUCUGAUGUUAACAUUAUACUCAGAAUAUUAUAUAUGGCCUUUGUUGCAAUGCUUUAUGGUAUCGGAAUAAUAUUUCUGAUAUGUGAAAUCGUCAUUUUCUACAAGUCUCUGGCAGAUAUCGACAAACUCAUCAGCAACAUUAGUAUGUUGCUAACCCAUCUUGUUGGGGCAUUCAAGUUCUGCAUUGUGGCGUUUGGGAUUAAAAAAAUCAGGAAUAUAAUGGAUACUUUGCAGGAUAAAACAUAUCACUAUACGGCUCUGGGUGAAUUUAAUCCUGGACAAAUGAUGCAAAAACAAAAAACGAUUAAUUCCAUUUUAUCUGUCUUGUUUUUUGCUUUAUACGGCAUGUGUGGUAUGUCAGCUUACAUGUCUACAACGUUAUCACUGGAUAUGGGUCUGGAGCACGACUCUUUCGAAAUGGCUAAUAUAACAUGUUAUGAUUUCAUGCCUUAUGUUUUCUAUAUUCCUUUUCCCACAAAUAAAAAAUGGGAGUGUAAAAUGGCUGCUCUGUUCAUGAACAUUGGAUUGCAGUUAUUUGCUGGGGUUAUUGCAUGUAAUGAUGGGCUAUUUGUUGGACUCCUUGGUUGUCUGAAGACUCAGUUGAUGAUCGUUUGUCAUGUUUUUACAACGAUUAGGGUGAGAACGCUGAAGAAACUCGAUUUACCGGAGAAUCACUUCGUUAUGCACGACAGUGAAAACCCAGUUUUGGAGGAAGAAAUGUAUAUGCAACUCAAUGGAGUCAUCAGGCAUCUCAUGAUACUAUUGAGAGUCAGAGACGAGAUAGAAUUCAUGUUCACGUUCGUAACAUUGAGCCAAAGUAUAGCUUCUCUAUUCAUAAUAGCAUCGUGUUUGUUUGUGGCUUCGACGGUUCCGAUAGGCUCUCCAAAUUUUUUUAGCCAGUUGGAAUAUUUCGUCUGUGUCGUAGUACAGUUUUCAUUGAUAUGUUGGUGCGGAAAUGAAAUCACGAUUGCAAGUGAAUCUGUAACAACUGCUCUUUAUGAAUCUGACUGGUUCAGUAGCACAGCUCGAUAUAAGAAGUCUAUGAUUAUCACCAUGACUCGUAUGCAACGUCCUGUAUACUUGACUAUUGGAAAAUUUGCACCACUCUCCUUGACUGUGCUGCUUGGGGUUUUUAGAGGAUCUUUCUCAUAUUUCACAGUCUUCAAAAGUAUUCAGUGAAGAUAUUCUGAAAGUUACAGGAAAUGAAGUCUCAUGGUGUUAUCCAUUGAACAAGGAACCCUACUGGCAACGACCAAAAUAUCUGACAUUAACGUAGAUACCUUUCUUUAGGCAUUAAUCAAAUAUCAGCAAUUUUCA